AUCAUCUGCGUUGAAUAAUCCAGUUAAGGUAUUCUUCACAAUUUUGGAAAAUGACUGCAACCGCCACUUCAUUUUCCAAUUCACAAAGGAAUUUGAAGGGGUUUACAAGGGUCCUAAAGUAUGCUGCUUGUGAAUGGAUUCUUAUCUUUCUGCUGUUCAUUGAUGCUGCCUUAUCUUAUAUGCUUACCAGUUUUGCAAACUACUGUGAACUGCAAAGCCCUUGCAUUCUAUGCUCGCGGCUCGAUCAUAUUUUCGGGAAAGUAAAAGAAGGAUUUUAUCAGAAUCUAUUUUGCCGCCACCAUAGAUCGGAGAUUUCAUUCUUGCUUUCCUGCAACAUCCACGACAAGCUCGUCGAUGGUCGUGGUAUGUGUGACGAAUGUCUGUCGUCACAUCUCCAAGGACACGAAUCCGACUCGGAUACGCAGAGACUCAUUGAAGGAAAACUAGGGUAUGAUGGAAAAUUUGGUUUUCGAAGCUCGGUUCCCGAUGGGGUCAUAAGGUUGUGCCUAUGCUGCAACAAACCGUGGGUUGGAAGAUCAGAUUCACAUACAUUACUUCACUUAAAAUCACAUGACACGACGAUUUCGAAGUUGAACGUGUCUCGUAGCUUAAGUCUUUCACAUUACUUGAAGAAAAUUAGCCAUAAGUGUUGUGCAGCAGCAGCAUCUCAUGUAGGAGACACUGAGCUAAAGAUCACUUCUGAAUUCAAAUCCGGGUUUCCGUUGGCUGAUAAUCUCCACGCCAACAGCGUAGUUCGUGAUGUAAUUGAGAACGAGCCUAGUUUGGCUCGAGUGAGUGAGAAUAAAGAGAAACUGGCAGAUGAGAAGGGAAAUUUCAAUGACCUCCCUGGGCUUGUUUCUCUUGAUGAUUGUCCUUCAUUUGACCUUACGGAAGAUCCGAGCUUCAGUGCUGCAUUACUGGCUGAUCUUAUUUCUCUGGCUGAAACUUCGAAUCCCGAUAAUGUUAAGGAUGUUCCUAUCGAAUCAUUUUCAGACAAUUUGGCAGCAAGUAAUACUGGGGAUCGGAGUGCACCCGAGUUUGUUAUAAAAUAUAUGCUAGCUUACACUAAUGGGGAUAGUGGAGAUCUUAACAAGAACGACGAAAUCACAAAGUCGAUAAGCACCGAAACUUGUACCAGUGCCGAUACUGAUCGAGUUGUUGCUGAUACUAAAAACAAUGGAGGUAAUGAAGGUCUUAAGUCAUUGCCGGCGCAGAAUUCUAAUGGAGAAGGUAAUCAAAUUUCGUUGAACUAUUUAAGUCCCGAGUUACAAGAUCGUGCAGCUGAAUUGCUGAGAACCGAUUCCAACUCUGUUGAGGUUCGGAAUCUUCAGAACCUGUUCGUCGAGGCAAUAACUGAAUCCAAUGGCCUCAAACCUUUCGAUGAAAGCAGUGUCACCGAAGGUGAAAGUCUAGUAGAUAGGCUCGAUAAUGCCCGGGAGUACAUAAAUGCAUUAUCUAAGGAAUUAGAGGAAGAAAGAAACGCUUCUGCAAUUGCUGCAUAUCAGGCAAUGGCAAUGAUCACGAGGUUGCAAGAAGAGAAGGCAUCUCUCCGCAUGGAGGCCCUGCAGUACCUGAGGAUGAUGGAAGAGCAAGCCGAAUAUGACGUCGAAGCCUUGGAGAAAGCUAACGAUCUUCUGACAGAAAAGGAGAGGGAAUUACAAGAUCUUGAAGCAGAGCUUGAAUAUUACAGAAUGAACUUCCCUGAUGAAAUACCAAACAAGACCGGACCCGACGCAAACGUCGACUUAGACAAUGAACAUGUUCGGACGGUGAAUACAACCACAUAUUCCAAUAAAGAUGAUAUAGAAAAUGAGGCAACCACAUGUUCCAAGAAAGUUGAUACGAAAAAUACCUUAGAAACAGGAUUCCCCGAGGCUUUUGUAGUUGAGGAUGAACCCGUAGUCAUAAACGCAUGGUCCGAAAUUGAAGACGAGAAGUUGUACAUCUCUCACCUGUUGCAAAAGUUGGAGAAGAAACUUAGCAAGCUUGCUCAGUAUGGGGCUUCACGAGACUUCUCCGAUAGAGAACACUCCGAAAACGAAAAUUACGAAAAACGAGAGCCGAAAGCUUUAACGGUGACUAAUGGAACCGGUCCUUCUCAAGAGAGUUCAAGUGCUUCAACAAGCAAAGAUGAAGCAGUGAGCAGGGAAAGUGGUGAUACGGUUUCCAAUGGGGAGGGGGAUGGUGAAGAAUGCAGAGAAAAUGGGUUGGAAGCUCUUGAAAAUGAAAUUUCAGAGCUGAAUGAGAGGUUGGAAGCACUAGAGGCAGACUGUAGUUUUCUUCAGCAUUCAUUAAGUUGUCUUAAACAAGGAAAGGAGGGACUGUUUCUAAUUCAGGAGAUACUUCAUCUACUACGAGAAGUAAAGAAAAUUGGGUUAAAGACCAUGGACCCGUCUGUUCUGUGAGCUCUAUGUGCAUUGUGUAAAAGGUGCGUCCCAGACUGAGGGUAACUAGCUAGUAGCAGGAGUGCAUGAGUUUACAAACAAGGCAACGCCCUAGAGUGAUCAGAUAUGGGGGGUAAAACAGUAAAAAAAAUGAUUACUUACCUAUGUUUCUGAAACACUUGUGUGGCUAAGUUGUAGACUGGCGUGAUUCUUUUGUUCAACCAUUUUUUUUAAUCUUUAAUUGUAAACUUGAGAAAAAUCCCA